CGCCUCGCUAGUGACUUUUGGGGUUGUUGGCGGCGAUGUAGUGGUACAGCACGACCAUGAGGAACAGCGACACUCAUAGGAUGUUGACGAACGCUGCCAGUUGCACGUCGGAAACAGCGAGCAGGGAAGAAAAUCACUUGCUGUUGCUGCUGCUGCUGCUGCUGCUGCUGUUGAAGAAUACCAAUAAUAAUGGCGACAACAACAACAACAGCACGUCUUAUUCACGUCCGUUGUGUUAGCCAGUGAGGGGCAGCGGCCACACCUGUACUAAUUAGCGUGACCAUGACAUGCACAGGUAGACGCGAGGCAGCCCUCGAGGCGGUUCACGUGGGGAGCUGAGGACACAAGGACAGAGAACACCAAUGCUUCUCAACCUGAAACACAACUGCUCCACAAAAGGUGUGUGUGGCCGCUCCCUUCACCUGUCCUUGGUCUUAAUUAGCACUUCUACUCUCUGCCCAGGUGCUAUUCAGGGCUGCCAAAGGGUCAUCAUGGCCGUGAACGUGUUGGUACCCCUGCUCAUCCCCCUUGGAGAGCAGCUCACCAAUGUAACUCAGCUAGCGGGCGUGGAGGGCAUCGAGUUGGGGCGCCGCAAUUACCUGGCGGAGGUGAGAGAGGAUGCCGCGCCAGGUGUGAUCCUUCAGUUAACGGCCAGGGUACUGCAGCAAGGACACACAGUUUCCUUCGCCAUCAAGGAAGGAGGAGAGGAAGGACUCUUUUCCCUGGAUUCCCUCACAGGACGCCUCUCUCUUCUUAAGAAACUGGACUAUGAGAAAAAACAGCAGCACGAGCUGGUGGUGGAGGCGGUGGCGGGGCCGUACCGCAGCGAGGCGCGAGUAGCAGUGCAGGUGGCGGAUGUGAAUGAGUACCCGCCUGUGUUUCCCCGCGCCCUGCACCAGACACAGAUCACGGAGGAGGAUGACAGUGGCUUGCCCAAGACCAUCCUUACGGUCAGGGCGAGAGAUGGAGACGCGGGGGAAUGGGGGAAGGUCACAUACAGCCUAACUGGGGAUGGGGUCACCUCCUCCUCCUCCUCCUCCUCCUCCUCCUCCUCCUCCUCCAGCUUCUCCAUCCAUCCCACCAGCGGCGCCAUCGAUCUCCUGGCGGCUCUGGACAGGGACCCCCACACGGGAGGCCCCAGUGGCGUCUGAAGGUCACGGCCACUGACGGAGAGCUGACGGCCACUACCAGCGUGUACAUCAACCUCAAGGACGUGAAUGACAACGCCCCCUUCUUCCCUGCGCCAGUCCUCAACGUGUCCAUUCCCGAAGACGCGCC